UGUGCAGAAAACAGGUGCACGGCGGUUGCCCGGGUAAUCGCCAGAUCAGUGGAUGUAAACAUUGCUCGUUCGGUAAACAGCAGUGUUCGUGAUUCUCCAGUCCGCCAGCUCUUAUCGCAUUCGACCUACUUGCUUCCAGCUUGCUAAUUUUCGUCUCGUCUGAGAAUAUGUCGCUCAGUGACGCAAAUAUCUUGCAGAGUGAAUUUGACAAAGUCCAUAUCGACUACGAAAAGCUGGUCAACAAACUAGCCGAAAUCCGCCAUGACCUUAAACAUCAACCGGUAGAGAUCAAAGCGGUCGAUAUCUUCUUUGACUACUUCGUCAAAGGGAUGUUCCACGAAGACAUUCGGAUCUCACAGUACUCUUUUGGCUGCAUCUGCCAUUUAGUGAAGCGCUUAUACUUCCAGGAGCCAUCUAGACUUCGCCGCUACGCAAACCAGGUUGUCCCCGUUCUGCUCGAAAAGCUCCCAGAACGCAACAAGAUCCACGAUGUCGCCUCCAAAGCUCUCAUGGAUUACUGGCGCGCCUCCAGUAUCGACGUGGAACGGUGCCUUCGCAUAUCAGGAUUUUUGAACGACCGCAGCGAAGUGAGGGAGCAGACUCUAAUAUUCCUGUGCACACUCCAGGAGACAGAACCAAAAUUUAUCGUGCGCGGAUUACUGUUUGAUAUUGUAUCGGCUUUAAAAGAUUCGGAUCCGAAAGUCCAAGAGACUUGCCGUGAGAGCAUACUGACUCUCUACAGAAAUGGAUCUCUCCAAGCGCUCUUUGACCUAAAAACUGAGCUGGUGAACCAACAUAUCCCCACAGAGGUAUCGAAUGAUAUACUCAGCAAGCUGGGUGUCGACAUACCAACUCCCGACAGCAGCUACAGCCAAUCUUCUGGAUCCUUGCUAUCCUCAUCUACCAAUUCAUCUCAGCGCCUAUCUCGCCCCAAAAGCGCGCAGGACGAAACAGCUAAUCUCACCAACACCACCACAGCAACGGGACCGACCGUGGGCGCGACCAAGCGAACACCGCUGGCUGUCAUUCCCGACAAAGCUGACGAGAACAGAAGUAUUCCCAAUUAUGUUUCUCCCACAGCUCCUCUGCACCAAUCUUCACCAGCGAUUCCUGAGCCUGCUAUGCUUUUCAUCAAACAGAUUCCUGGAACCGCUAUGGAGGAUUUGAAGCCAGUGUAUGCCACAUCAGCUCGCGAUUUGGAGCUACUCAUGGAAGCAAUGGUGAAGCAUUUUGACGGAAAAGAGACUGAGGCAAACUGGGCAGAGAGACAGAAGAGCGUGGUGACUUUGCGGGGAUUGCUUCGUGGAAAUGCGUUUACAGAUUAUGCAGUGGAGUUCAUCACUUCUCUUCGACCUCUUGUGGAUGGUAUCAUCAAAGCAGUUAGCUCCCUGCGAACGACUUUGAGUACACAUGGCUGCAAGCUGAUUAGCGAUCUUGCAAAUGUGACUGGCAGUGCCAUCGACCCAUUUGUGGAUGGAUUCGUACAGACGCUCGUCAAACUUUCGGCAGCUACCAAAAAGAUCUCUGGGCAGAAUGCGAAUGCAUCUCUUGUCGUCCUGAUCGCCUACACUUCUUUCCAUCAGCGAGUGGCUAGCCAUAUCUGUGGUGCUUGCCGGGACAAGAACGCGCCGGCGAGACUGUUUGGCGCAGGGUGGCUACAGCUCCUACUAAUGGUGCACAAGGAUCAGAAAGCUACUAUGGAGGCAUCGAACUGCGUUGAGUUAUUUGAAGCGAGCAUCAAAAGCGGUCUUGGGGACGCCAACCCAAAGGUCCGGGAAUGUAUGCGGACCACGUUUUGGGAGUUUGACACACUAUGGCCCAGCCAUUCUGCCGUGAUCAUGAACAAUCUCGAUCAAAUGGCUCGGAAAGCUCUCGAGAAAGUGAAUCCCAACGCGUCCUCUGGCGCGUCAUCCAGUGCAUCGUCUAUUUCAGGAUCGUCCGGAAAACCCGCCGCCUCGAGACCGCGAGUAAGCGCAGUAGCCAAAGCUAUCAUGGAGGCGAAACAGAAGCAGGCCGCACAAGCUCAGGCGAAGGGUGUCAAGCCGGCAGUGCGAGGGCUUGAUAAACCUGCUGUGAACAUGGCGAAGGCUAAUUAAAUGGGGGUGGAGAUGAAUGGUGUAUUCUAUAAUACGUGGGAAGUCAGGCGUAGCUUUGUAUUUUAUAUAUCUAAUAAUUUGAGCUCGUGACUACGACACGCUCUGUCCUAAUUCAUAUGCGAUGGAUACAUCAU